CAAUCUGUAUUAUAGUAUAGGAAAAAGUAUAAAUAAUGUUUGUACAUAUUAAUACAAAUAAAAAUAACCCAGACUAAGACAGACAUUUAAAUGAGACUCGAGUACAUAUAAUUUAACAAAUUGUCAACACUAAUGUAUUAAAAACGAAAGCCUCGCUAUGAGUAAUUUUAUUUAAUUCCAUUUUAUUAUAUCAUGUCUUGUUAGACUGUAAUUAAGUAUUACAUGGUAUCAGGUUGAUAAUAUUCCAUAUAAAUAAUUUAUCGCAAAAUUAUGUACAUAAUUUUCUUAUUUGUAAUUUUAAUCACGUAAAAUAAUAUAAUAUCUACCAUAAGUAUUGUAAUUAAUAUUCUUCAAUAAAUAAAUUAUUUUAUAAAAUCUGUGUUUUAAGAUUGUAACCUAAAAAAACCUUAUCGUAUACGGAACGUAUAACUUGGAAGCCGAAUAAUAGCAAAUCGAUAUUUUUCUUUUCACUCAAGCAAAGAUGAGCGAUUACAGCAUAGUAACAUCAGAUUUUGUAAAUUUAUCUAUUACUAAUUCUAAUCAACAAUAUUAUGUAGAACGAAGAUUUCAAAAAGGUAUAACAAUAGAUGAAUUUAAGGGUAAAUUAGAGCUUGUUACCGGUGGUAAUCCAAAUACAAUGGUAGUUCAAGUUUUUGAUAAGAAUGAUAAAUUAAUUUGCACAUUGAAUGAUGGUCAACGACUUUUGGGAUCAUAUCCCAUUGAUGAUGGAAUGCGAAUACAUGUAAUUGAUAAUUUUUCACGUACUGAAGAAAAUUUGAAUGAUGUUGAAAAGUUUGAGAUAUCCGAAGAAGAAUAUGCUAAAAGGACAGACACUGUAAAAGCAUUCUUAGAAAAAAAUAAAUUAGGAAAAUAUAACAAGGAAAAAAUGGAAAGAAAAGCAGAAGAGAAAAGACAAGAAGAAGAAGCAGAAGCUGCAGCAGCUAAGUUAUGCCACGUUGGUGAUCGUUGUGAAGUUUCUGUACCAAACCAACCAACACGAAGAGCUUCUAUUAUGUAUGUUGGUAAAACAGAAUUUAAAGAAGGUUGGUGGGUUGGAGUAAAAUAUGAUGAACCACUUGGUAAAAAUGAUGGAACUGUCAAUGGUAAAAAAUAUUUCGAGUGUUUACCAAAAUAUGGUGGAUUUGUAAAACCAAUGCAUGUAAAAGUCGGAGAUUUUCCAGAAGAGGAAUUUGAUUUAAACGAAGAACUUUAAAAUACUAAAAUUAUUCUACUAAUUUUUUUCCAUAUUAAAAGCUACAACUCAUGAAUUCUCCAAAAUUAAUAAUAUUUAUUAUACACUGUAACAUUUAAUAUUUUCUUCGUUUUAUUAUGUCUGGUCUCCAAUUAACGGGAUGCGUUUCUUCCGUCUGAAAAUAUGGAUGAAAAAGAAUGUAAUUUCACUGUUUGAUUAUUGCACAAAUAAUUUGUGAUAAGUCAAUUAUUCUUACAGCUGUGUCAUCUUCUUUAUAAACUUUUAUUGUUUUAUCAGCUUCUGUUGUAAUCAUUCUGGUACCAGACAUGUCAAAUGUAAUACUAAAUACUCCAGCUUCACUAUCCAUUGAACCAGGUUGAACUGGUGCUUGUAAACGUUGAAAAUUAUACCUUAAAAUAAAUAGAAUUGUCAU